CGUCUACAGAACGUUGUUAAAACAUACGUGUUGUGUGGGAACAAGUUUAAAAAUAUUUUAUUCUAAAAUAAUUACUUAAGUAGCAAAUGAUCGUCAUCUGAUGUUUUUUUAUUAUUAUAAUUAGUUAUAUAAUAUAAUAACCUAUUUGAUAGGUUAUUAUAGAAUAAGCUACUUGAGUAUAAAAUCGUCAUCUUAAUAAAACGUUUGUCUUAAGGACAUCUUAAAAUAAAUCUCACAGACGUCUUGUAAGACAAAUCAAGAGACAUCUCAAAGACGUUUUUAAAUCGUCGAAAAUUGUUGCAGAGACGUUUUAAAUACGUCUUUUUGACAAUUUCGUAAGACGUCUGAGUGAUUUUAAGAUGUCUCUCAGACAAAUAUAAGACGACGUAAUAUUGUGUGGGUUUAUAAGUGUUUUCUGGGCGAAUACAAAAAACGUCAAACAAAGGCAAACAGGGCAUUAAUCAUUUCUUCUAAAUUGAGAUCAUGUACUACAUCAUAUUUUACGACGAUUGGUGCUCGACAAUACCGCAGCAGUGGGUAAAUUUUAAUACUCAGACAUUUUUAUGGCCUCCAAAAACUAUUAAUGUGACAAAGGCAAUAAUGAAAAGCAUUCAGCCGCAAAAUAAUUGGAUUACACUGGAUUAUCGACGCAUUACUGGACCAUAUAAAACGUAUGAUAUAGCUCGAAAAAUGGAAGAUCAUGCUAUUUAUGUCUCUACCUCGGAAGAGGGACAAUUGGAAAUCCUCAACCAACAACCAGAAAAAAACCCGCAAAAAAGAACAAUAAAAAGACCUGCUUUUCAUGAUGAAUUGGACGAUACUACCAACGAACAUACAACAAAAAAAAGACGACGCAUACCACCUCCCUCUUCUGCAUACAUCUCAUUGUCAGAACAACGUAAACAAUAUCCCAACAAUAGAAAACAGGACAAACACUUAUCAAAAAAUAUUGCUGCUGUGGCAUCAUGUUCUACUUACAUACUAGCAUCCAAUGAAAUGAAUAAUUAUAAAAAACAAAAUGAAAAUAUAAACAGUGUGAUAGUGCUUCCUUCAACUUGCGAGACAGAGGAACUUGGAGGUGUACAUAGUGUUUGUGAUGUCAAUGAUGUCAAUAAUGAUAUUCAUGAGGUAUAUGACGCUCAUGACAUUAAUGAGAUAUAUAAUGUAAAUGAUGUCAAUGAUAUUCAUGACGUGAGUGAUGUUCAUGACAUUAAUGCGGAGGUGGAUAAUGAUGAUGACGUCAAUGAUGUUAAUGAUGUCAAUGAUGUUCAUGAUGUUAAUGUUGUAAAUGAUAGUCACAUUUGUUGCGAAGCAUGUCGUACGACACUAAAAACUUUCACACAAAAAUUUACGACGAAUACAAUAAGAAUAGCGAAAAAAUUAGAUUUUAUCAUUAAUCUUAUUGAAAAUAAGGAUGUUGCGUGUGAGAGUACUCUUAAAUGUGACACAAAAUUAUUACCUCCUUUACCUCUGAUGACAAUAGAAGAUUAUUCCAAAUUUGAAGAAAAGCUUCAACAAGACAGGGAAAUCAGAAAGCAGUUUAAAAAGAAAAUUUCAACAAUUGGAGGAACGACGUAUGCUAAUAAGACAAGAAAUAUUAUGAAAUUUAUUCUAGAUGAUAAUGUUUCGAAAAAAUUAUCGUGGACAGGACAAAAACAAUCAAUACCAAUAAAAGACACAACAUUUGCUAGCAUUAUUAUAGAUUACAUUUCUACGAUAGAAAAUUGCAGUCUUUAUCAGGUGCAAAAAGUUAUUCAAGAAUGGUUGCGGCACGCAGGGGAUCGCCUCAGUUAUUUAUUGAAAAAAAAUGGUAUGGUAUAAAGUGACAUAUAAAUAG